AAGCAGGCCUGGACGGAUGUCUCCGGCGCGUCCGUGCAGGGGACUGAGGGCCGCGGUGGCUGCCAGCGUGGGAUUGAGUGAGGGGCCGGCGGGCUCCGCCCGCAAGGGCCGCCUCCUCCGCCCUCCGGGCCCCGCUCGGGCGGCGCCGGGGGCCCGGCUGUUACGGCUCCCGGGGAACGGGGCCGUGCGGGCCGCAAGCCCGGAGCGCGCCGGUUGGACCGAGGCGCUGCGGGCGGCCGUGGGCGAGCUGCGCUCCGGCGCCGUGGUGGCCGUCCCCACCGAUACGCUGUACGGCCUGGCGUGCUCGGCGAGCUGCUCGGCGGCACUGGACGCCGUGUACCGCCUCAAGGGCCGCAGCGAGGCCAAGCCGCUGGCCGUGUGCCUGGGCCGCGUGGUCGACGUCUACAGGUACUGUCAUGUGAACGUACCCGAGGGGCUCCUCAACGACCUGUUACCAGGACCAGUGACCCUGGUGAUGGAACGCUCGGCGGAGCUCAACAAGGACCUGAACCCCUUCACUCCCCUUGUAGGCAUCCGGAUUCCUGACCAUGCCUUCAUGCAGGACCUGGCCCAGAUGUUUGGGGGGCCACUUGCUCUCACCAGUGCCAACCUCAGCUCCCAGCCCAGUUCUCUGAAUGUGGAGGAGUUCCAGGACCUCUGGCCUCAGCUGUCCUUGGUAAUCGAUGGGGGGCCAAUUGGGGAUGGCAAGAGCCCCAAGUGUCGCCUCGGCUCAACUGUGGUUGACUUGUCUGUGCCUGGAAAGUUUGGCAUCAUUCGUGCAGGCUGUGCCCUGGAAAACACUACGGAUGUCCUCCAGAGGAAGUACGGGCUGCUCCCUCACAGGGAUCCUGCUGAGACUUGAGAGGCAGGAGUGCCCAGGGACUGAUGCUGGACACUACGUUUCUUGUCUACCAGUGGAUGGCAACGCCUCACUUGAGAGGCCACUGGGGCCACAGCGUCACUAGUCUGACUUUGAAGGCAGUUUAUCUUUAUGAGCACUGUAACAGGCCCCAGAAGCUGGUUUAGCUUCACUCCUGGGGAAGGGGGCUAUAUUUAUUGUCUAUAAUUUCAUAUGUCAGCCUAAAGCUGAAUAGAGACUUUAAGAACAUUCCUAGGAUGCUCUUAUUCUAAUAAGCUUCUUCUUUCCCUCUCUUUUUUUUUUUAAAAAAUUCUUGAUAUAUAAUUUAAAUAACAUUUGGAAUCUAGUGAGAGUUGGUGGCAUUUAAGGUCCAAAUAAGCUAGAGUGCCAGUUGGUGCUGUUUAAAGGACUCAAGUGACCAAAGGCUUGAGUUGUGUGCUCCUGAAGCUGGAACCAGGUUAACAUAAAGACUGUAGAGUAACAGGCCAAACACACUUUCCUCUGAACCAGGGGCUGGUGGGGCGGCAUGCUGCAUUGCCUGGCAGAGGGUCGUCGCUUUCUACUAAUGGUGGGAAGUCAGCUCGGUUGGCAGGGAGUGGGGUGGGGGAUCCAAAUUAAAGAGUAUAGGAAAAUAAAUAUCUAUCUUCAGACAGUGCCUUUUUUCUUAUUCAUAAAAUACAUUAUAAUGAUACCAUUAUUUAAACCUAGUGUCCACUCAGCAGCCUUUAUCUGCAUUCAUAUGUAUACCAUGUAUUAAACAUAGUUAUUGUUGGGCA